GGGGAGCUGAAAGGGACUGAGCUUCAAAAUGGGUGUCGAAGGUGGCAUGAAAUGUGUCCGAUUCUUGGUUUUCUUCUUCAACUUUAUAUUCUGGAUCUGUGGCAUCGCUCUCAUUGCCCUGGGGGUUUAUGUACAGAUUAAGUUGAAUAACACCCUGCAUAUGUCUAGCCUGUCUUCUUCAGGGGCUCCCAUUGUUAUCCUGAUUGUGGGCGUCAUCAUCUUCUUCAUCUCUUUCUUCGGCUGCUGUGGAGCAUGGAAAGAGAACUAUUGCAUGGUCACCACGUUUGCUGUCCUUCUGACCUUGAUCUUCCUGGUGGAGAUUGCUGCUGCUAUUGCUGGCUACAUCUACAGGGACAAGAUCCAAUCAGUGGUUAAUGAACAAAUCAGAGAAGCAAUGCGUGAAACUAAGAACAAUAAAAAUACGACGCUCACAAAUGAUUUUGAUGCAUUGCAGAAACAGUAUUCUUGCUGUGGAGCUACAAACUUUACCGACUGGUUUAAUGCAACAGGGGUUUUCGAUCGCACAGUGCCUGCAUCAUGCUGCAAAAACCAUACAGAUGAUUGUACUAAGAACCCAACGAGUUCAAACACCUUCACAGAGGGUUGUACGUCAAAAAUAGAAGAAUUGCUGAGGAAACACAUUCUAAUUAUUGCAGGAGUAGCAUUGGGCAUCGCAUUCUUUGAGCUCCUCGGUAUCAUCUUUGCCUGUUGUCUCAUGAAAGGAAUCCGCAGUGGCUACGAGGUCAUGUAGCCGCUCCUCCGUGUUGUGCGUCUGCUGCAGCA